AUGGCGAGAUCAACCGAAACGGCAGCUUCUGUUGUCAACAGUGCCUUGGGCUUUUGCGUCAGCCUUUUACGCCGCUCUCCCACGGCCGUUCGGUAUUUCUCUAUGUUUCUUGUCGCCGCGUGUUUGUUCUGGAAGGGCGCUGUUCAGCUUCUUAUCCAUCUUGCCGUCCCCUCUUUGACCCCAACCAAUCGUCAACACCUCGCUGUUGCAGCUCAAGAGAAGACUCUGGAGGAUGCUGGCCGGAAUACCUCUACCGACAGUCCUCAGGCCAAUUGUCAAUACCCGGCCGUUCAGACUGGAAAGCAGGUUCAACAGGAUAUUAGCCCAAGUGCCGCCCCCGAUAGCCUUCCCUCGCUUAUCUCAACCAGUUCCUCGACAUACACCUCGGCCAUCGGCGAUCUCGACCUCGACCCCGACGACGAUUUUGAUGAGCUUCCUCACCUUGAUUACAUCCCGCCGACACCCGAGGAUAUCAAACGAUGGGUCGAACUCCCUUUUGAAGAACGCCGCAAGGUGCACGACAUGCAGUAUAAAGGGUUGAACUGGUUGUCAUGGGCUCCACCUUCGAGUCCCUCUCUGCCGCCGCGACGUCCACUACCGGAGGGUAUUCUGGAGUGGAGGGAAGAAUGGAGUGACUUCGACUUGCCCCCGAACCCUCCGCAUAUCCUGACGUCAGAAGACUUGAGAAGAUGGUGGGGAGAAGCUACCGAAGGAGACCGAGCUAGAAUCAACCGUAUCAGCACCGACGGGUUGAACUGGCGGACGUGGGCUCCUCCUUCUCCUCAGCAGCCCUGUGACGGCGGAGAGCCAGUCGUUUGGUCUGGGAUCGGCCCUUGGGCUGAGCUUGAUCCGAACGGGUCAUCUGCGAUUGACGACAGCAGCGAGCAGAUGGUGGACCAACAGCCACUUGUACAGCGCCUCCCUCAUAAGGAACGGCCACUCUAG